AUGCACCAUAAAACUUUAAGUUGUUUGUCUAGUCGAUACCUUGAUCGAAAUGUAAUUCUUCCCAUACGCCGCGUAACCAGCACGGCGUUGGAUGGGCUUUUUGUCCGGGUUCUUUCGCGUGAGUCGUCCGCACUUUGCUUUGGUGUGCGGUCUCUCUCUCGUGUUUCGAUGCGUUAUUCGAGUGCACCCAUGUUCUUAACGAUCCCUUUGCUCACCUCUCAUCGAUGCACCGCGUCGUUUUCAAGCAAGCCAUACAGUGGAAGCGGUAAAUCCGGCGGCGAUGGCGAGUUCACUUCGGGCCCAUCUAGCAGUGGGCCUGAGAAUCCUACCAUGCUGGAGUCGGAGAUCAGGAUCGACUACGAGUUCGAUCCCAUGGCCAGCAUGCAGAAUGAUGUGCUGAAAGAUACGGCCCGCAAAAAUUUUGACCGCGUCCUCUACGCGCUCCUUCCGGCAGACCCGCCGACCUCGGCGGUGGAGAAAGUUCGCCAUUACCUCCAGCAGCACCCCAUUGACAUCCUUAUUACCCAACCACGCGUUCAGAUCACGCAUCGCGAGAACGCGGAGACCGGGCUGGAGGAAAAGGUAUCCCUCGCCCCGGUGGCCCUUUCCGAGGCCUUGCAGGAGGCCAAACAGCGGGGGGUGAAUUUAGUCCAGAUGAGCGCACGCGACGAUCUGGCGUUUUGCCGUAUUCGAACCGAACAACACCGCAUCUUGAAGUUGAUCGAGCCAGACCUGCAGGAAUACGAAACUGCCAGAUCCCACGUCGGUGAGCCCGGUCGUGAAUCAAAGGCGAAAAAGCUCAUUGAGCACACCUUCCGCGACGCCGUGGAUGCGCAUUUUAUUGGCUGGAAAUCCCGGAAGAUCUGCGAGGACCUUCAGAAAGGUCACCCGGCGCGGAUCACGAUUAAGGACUUUCAGUCCCCCGAGAUGGCAAUGCAGAAACUCCGGGAGAUGUGCGCGGCCAUCCAGAGCCAUGCCGAGGCGAACGCGAUUUACCACCAUGUCACAAGCGUGGUGGGGAAUGAACGCGGGGUGAAUGUCUCGCUUUCGCCCGCGCUGCCCACGAAGACGGUGCGCCACCCCACGGCGAAGGACUGGGCGAACGCCCUAAAGCGAAUGGAGGAGAGCUGCCGAUGCACAGGCCGCCUUGGGACCUACAUCAAGGACAACCGCCUCCGGCCUCGCAAUAUCGGCAUGUCGAUGUUUCGCGUCGAUAAGUACGGCCGGCGUGUGGAUUAG